CCACGGUGCGGAGAAAAUUCUUGCUUUGCUCUUAACUUUUGCCGGGAACCGGCUCCGGGCAGGGGACCCUGGGGCGCGCGCCUCCGUCUGUGCGGCCGCCCCGCCCCCCGCGCGCGGAAAGCCCCAGUGGCUCCUCCCACCCCCGAGGGGCUUUCUCCUGCCUCCUGUGACUUUAGUCUUCCAGCGCACGCUCGUUUCUGCCGGGCUGGUGCGCGCCGAGCACUGCUCUGCUGGGGCCGCAGGGGACAAGGGGCGGUGACCUCGGUGCGCGCCCGGCGUCCCCGUCUCCCGGCCUGCGCCCGGCCCCCGGCCCGCGUCCCGGCCGCCAGCAUGGUGUUGCUGGCCGGGCCCGGGCCGGAGGGCGGCGGGGCGCGCUGCGUGUCUCCGCAGCCGCCGUCGCCCCCGCGGGACGCAGAGGUCGGGGAGGACCCUGCUGACUACGAGGAGUACGAGGACUUCUCCCGUCUUCCCGACACCCGCAGCAUCGCUUCAGACGACUCCUUCUACCCUCCUGGAGGCGAGGAGGAGUACGGCGCCGAGAGCGCAGAAAGCGUCCCGGAGGGCGUCCCGGAGGCGGCGACCCUCCUCCGCGCCGCCUGCGCCAACGACGUGGGGCUGCUGAAGGCGCUGGUGCGGCGGGGACCGAGCGCCGAGGAGGUGCAGGAGACAGACCGCAACGGCCGGACCGGCCUUAUUGUCGCCUGCUACCACGGCUUUGUGGAUACCGUGGUGGUCUUAGCAGAGUGCCCCCACGUUGACGUCAACUGGCAGGACAGCGAGGGGAACACGGCCCUAAUCACGGCUGCGCAGGCAGGGCACGCCACCAUCACCAACUACUUGUUGAACUAUUUCCCUGGUCUGGACCUUGAAAGGAGGAAUGCGUGGGGCUUCACGGCCCUGAUGAAAGCUGCCAUGCAGGGCCGCACAGAGUGCAUCCGAGCCCUGAUGCUAGCAGGAGCAGAUGUCCAUGCCAGGGACUCCCGCCGCGGGAUGUCACCCCAGGAGUGGGCUGCUUACACGGGACGUUUUGAGGCGGUUCGCCUCAUCCAGAGGCUGCUGGACCGACCCUGCCCGGAGCAGUUUGGGGAAAAGUAUAAGCCAGAGCUGCCGCUGGCCUCCGAGGCAGCUCUGAAGUCCGCGGGCUCCAAAAACUGCCUGCAGAGGCUCACCGAAUUUGUGCGGUCCACGCUGACCUCCCGCUCGCGCCAGAGCCUGGAGGAUGGAGGGGUCAUGGACCACAUGGUCAGGAUGACCACGAGCCUCUACAGCCCCGCCGUGGCCAUCGCCUGCCAGACCGUCUGCCCCGAGAACCCGCCUUGUGUGGGGAAAAGGCGGCUGGCAGUGCAGGAAAUCCUUCAGGCUCAGGGGGACCCGGACACGCGUGCCCAGAAGGACGAGGUGGAGGGCACCGAGCAGCAAUUCCGGACCUCCCCGGCACUGGGGGUCUCCAGAGAGGGGACCCCGAAAGCCAGCCUCCCGUCUCUCCAGCUGCGAAGUGCCCCGCGGAAGGCCAGCCUCUUGCCCCUGCAGCUGUUGAGGCGGAGCAGCGUGCGGCCGGGCGUGGUCAUCCCCAGGGUGCGCAUCAGCAAGGCGCCCGCGCCCACCUUCCAGCCGGAGCGGCCUGCCGCGAAGGGCAGCACCAAGGACAGCGCCCACCUGCAGCUGCCCAAGUGGCGGUACAAGGAGAUCAAGGAGGAAAAGAGGAAGGCGGAAGAGGCGGAGAAGCAGCGGCUGGCAGAGGCGCAGAAGCAAAGGCGGGCCCCGCGCUGGAGGAAAAGGACGUGAGGGGGUCCGCCGCCCAGAAGGCGUGUCCGCAGCGGGGGAGCCGGAUGCCGAGCCUGGGAGGGACGCGCUGCGCCCCGGGUCCCGGAGAGAUGGCGGGAAAGCUGCGCGUGCUCCGCGCCAAGAAGCAUGCGCCUUCCUCCAGCCCUCGCCCCCUUCCGCGCCGCACAUCCCCGCGCCGAUAGGCCUCUGCGGGGGCCCAGAAAGCGGUGCAUGUUUGUUCAGGCUGCACCCAAGAGUGAAUUGGGCAUAGCACAAAUCAAUUUGCCUAAAACCAGUUCUCCUAGCAAUCAAUGCACCUAGUAGGCAAUUUGCCGAAAACGCUACCUUUAGAACCUCAACCUCAAAUUCUUAAGACCAAUUUAUCGAAGGGCAUUUUGUGUAUAAUUUUGUAUUUUUAAUCAUGAUCAAAUUUGCAGCAUUUUAUGGGGGAUGGGGCUCUUUGUAUUUAAGACGGUUUUAAUACAUUUGUCUGAAGACCCUUUGUUUAAAAUACUGUUUCUAGCAAUAAUUAUUUGUGAUAUCUCUGAUUUCAUACAGAAUUUGUGGACUUCUCCCCCUUUUUGCUGUUUAUUUUGGAUUUUGCCUUUCCUUCUCAACGUGGGUGCACGUGAGCACUGUAUGAUCUUAAUAAUUUGAUGAAGUGAUGCCGAACGUUACUAUUCGAUGGAGGCAUUUACUUUUACAGGAAAAUGAUCAAGACAGAGAGAUCAUAUUUUCUUGCAUCUUAUUUCUUAAUCUCUCUUAUCCAAUAAUAAUAACGAAGAAAAACCUCUUGUCGAAGUAUGACAUGGUGCCUAAAGAAGCAUGUACUUAUUGCUAGAACUAAACCCGUUUUAAGCAAGGGAUUUUAGAUAAACUGGAUACAGUGUCUUUAACAUGUUCAAAAAUAGAUAUGAGAAAAAAUUAUUUAAUAAAAUAGGGGCAAAUCUAAUCAAUUAUUACUAGAAAUACAAAAUUAAGUCAUAUGUGCUCUUAGAUAAAUUGAAUUCAUAAAUACUUAAAAUGGAAAAAAGAUGCAAAAAGAAUAAGAAGCCCAGAACUAUGCAAACUACGAAAUGGGGCGGGGGGUAAUUUUUAGAGGAACAGGGAUUAGAAUUGAAUAUUAAACUUGUUUUAGGCAAAUUCUCCUGAAGGGGGCUGGGCAGCUUCCUCCUCCAGGCUCAAUUCCAAAGAUUUCCUGCUCUGGAAUUACUUUUAUUUUUUCCCUGGAUGACUGCCGCUGAUGUUCAGUUCAUCCUCAUGUGGACUUUGUGGAAUUUCCAACAUGUGGGUCUUUGGCAAAGAACGCAUGGAAUUUGCCCUGGGCCCCAAGCUCUCCGCGGGAGUUUUCUGUCGGUACUCUUUUGUCUCCAGAGCACUGAGAAAUUCGAACGAAUCUCUGGCCAUCUGGGUUGCAGAGUAUCUGUCACAUAUGCACUACUGACAGCACUUUAUUUAAAUAUUAUCCUACUUGGAAGCCAUAGAUUUAGAAUAUUAGAGACUGAUUUGGAAGCUCUUUAUUAUAACCCUGGAUUCUCAGGUCGUAUCGUGCUCCCUGGCUGUGUCGUGAUGGGUGGCCCACUGUCUCAUGAUGUGGGUGGGGGUGGCGCUCACUUCUCCCUCUUUCCCCCCACUGGCACCAUCAGGCAUUGAGCAAUCAGGACUCACACUCACUCUCCAGAAACCUCAAUACAUAAGCCGUCAGCUGCACCUGGACUGAUGGGAGAUAGCUGUGAUGAUAAUGCAGCUUUGAAAGCCAGACUUCAGUGAGUUCCUCCCCCAUCCCAGGAAGGCACCAGAGUGGCACAGAGGUGUGGGCCCACCUGGAGCAUCACUGAUGCUAGCGGGCUGUGAGCCAUCCUGUGCGGAAGAGUUGGUGUUGGCCACGCCCCCUUGCAUGAGCUGAAGGCUGCUGCCCGAGGUGGAGAGAGACACCCCUCAUCUCCCUGACCGUCCAAUCGGGCAUCCUUUGAGAUCAUUUUCUGUGUUUAUGUAUUUUAUUGCUUUGGAUGGCUGGCUGUGUUUUCUCACUGAGGGGUCACCCCCUGCUCCUCUCCUCCAGUGUCAUUUGGGGGCAGGGGCACUGAUGGGCAGUGACCCCCUUCUGCUCUCCAUGUGGCCCUCAACUUUGCCACCACAUGCAUUCCCUGCCAUCCCCUUCACCUCCUCUCUUCUUCCUCGCUUGCCUUUUCUUCCUUUGUCUGUUUUCUUCUUAGAUUUGGCUAAAUGCCUUGAUCCUCUCUGCCACGACUAUGCUGAGGUCUAAAAAGAGCAGGAAAGCAAGGACAUCAUGAGAGGCGAUGUGGCAUCUCUGCUGGAUUGUCAUGUCAUGACCUCCAAGCGCCAAAGUGUGAACGAACGGCAGGUUUCGCCAGCUUCUGUGCAGGUGGCUUAGAAUUUUGGCACAGCCCCCUCCCCCCCCCACCUUCUUUUUGGAGGGAGGGAGACCUAGUUUGCUCUCCUGACAGAUGACAGCACUGCCCUGAUCUUCAGAACCGGAGGAUCUGGUGUCUGCUAGUACCCCUGAUGUUUAUUAACUGUAAAUAGUGAAUUUCAAGUUGACAGGUACCUUCUCAGGGAUUUAUAUAUAAAUAUAGUUAGAGGAAAAGUUGAAGUAUAUUUUAAUACUUUUUAGUGUUUGAGUGAAUUACGAUUAAACUAGACAGAAGAAAUGUUUCUAAGACAAUGUCAGUGCUGCUGUUUUCCAGGGAGAUGCCCGGGAAUCCCCGCUCAGCUGAGCUUUCCUGGUUAUUGGAAACCUGGGACUCUGGCAGCUGAAAUGGCUUUGGGGUGGGUGUGAAGUCACUUCACAGCCUCUCAGUUGCCUCUUGUGGAUGUGAACUCUUGUAUUUAAAGAAAAUUCAAUUUCUAUGUAAGUAGUGGCGGCUGUGAUGACACAGAUGGGCCAUCUGUGGCCUUUACCUCUAGAACCGGCUACUCCUGGUCUGAUACUGGGGUGUGUGGUGUGAGACUGAUGCAGUUUUUUCUGCUAGCUCAUGUGAGUGUUCCAUGGCCAGCCCAGUGCUAAGCUCACUGCCACAAGGGGGAGGGAGAAGCUGGGAGCAGUCCGUCUGGAAUGACCUUGGCGUUCAGAGGCCAUACACUUCUCAUGUCUUUGGUACAGUAGAGAAAGGCAGCACAUGACAUUAUGGACCUUUACUUUUUCUGAAGCUCCUCCCAACAGGCUGCUGCCAGGAGUAGAUACCUCAGGAAUAUGAAGAUGGGAAAUUGCAAUACCUUCGUCACCGCAACUUUGGGCACUCCUGAGACUUGAGGCUCAUUCUUCGGAGAAGGAUAGAGAGAUUUCACCAUGUCAGUUGGAAAAUGGCACUUGUGGGUGCAGAGGAGCCAUUCCAGGCUGCCUCACCCACUUUCUUCUGUUGUCAGUGGGUGACCAGGUCUCUGGAAGUCCAGCCUCUGAGUGGAGACGAGGCUGUUUUCUGUAAAACUGAAUUCUCUGAGGUGGGCCAGACCCUGGUCCUGAGAUAGAUGCAAAGCCUGCUGUCCCCAAGGAAGAAACAUGGGUACCAAGUCAUUAUGAAGAAAAGCAUCCCUGAGAGGUAAAUAAUGAGCCACGACUGAGAAGUGGGUGUGAUUUGUCUCUUGCAGCCUCUGGAAGGAGCACUGUAUUUUUCUCCCUAGUCCACACUACACUAAGAGAGGAGCCCAUCUUUUCAUAAUUUACCUGUUUGCUCUGCCAAGUGAGUUAUAGCCCUGAUGCAAGUCAGGUGUUAGUCUUUCCCCUGGCUUCACCUGGAGAUUCAUGCUUGCUCAUUUUCCAUUCUAAUGCAGUGCGGUUAUUCCCUGUAGAGUUAUGAUUUCUCAUGAACUAGCGUAAGCUCCUAGUCACAAUCAGUCUUUUGUAUGGUAAAGUACUAGCACUUUUUCUUUUUUACAGUAUUUGGGGAAAUUCUAACAUGCUACCCACAUAUUCGCUUGUGACCCUUUUUGUCCCAUUGUGGGUAACUUUGGAUUCUGCACCAAAGGCUGUGUUCAGGGUCCUGUUCCUGUGUGCCUGGUCCUUGGUGCCCAUGGCUGCAGGCUCAGGCUCGCCCCCCUCAGCCGGGCAACUGCCUGGAGGACCAGGGUCUUCUAGGGAAGAAAAGGCAGAAGAUCGAUCACAACCGAUCCUUGUGAAACAACAAAGUCACAUUCAAGACAACUGAAACUGGGUAACCAAUCGUUGCAGCGGAGUGCAAAGAACUUACAACCAAAACGGUUCUUCCUAAAACGCUGACUGCUGACUUGGUAAUUUCACACCUCUCGAUGCGUUUGGAACUUGUUUCAUACGUCUGUAUAACUCUUGAGUCAGCUACUCAUUUCUGUGCCCUUGAAUUCACAUGUUUCUUCAUUAACAUUUAAAAUAAGUAGCUAAAAAACAAAAUAAAUUUCUCUGGAGGUUGUUUUUUUGAAAGAAAAAAAAACCCCACCACUACUUGGAUGGAUUUAACUAAUUUUUGAGGGACUCAGUUGAAUGCCAGCUCUGCGUACAUAAUUUCUGCACUCUGACCCAGCCUGGAAAAAGACUGAUGUGAAAGCUGUGGUCCUGCAGUGCUCUGACAGCCCUCAGCAGCAAGCUGGGCCAACGUGGACAGUGUGUGAUAAGGUGUGAGUCAGCACACACACAUGUGCAUGCACACACACACAAAUGAACUGAAAGGAGACCAGGCUUUGUGCUCACAAUGGUGACUGCAGCUGUGGCUUUGCUGUGGCUCCCAGGGAAUGUCAGGUGUGACCUGCUUUGAUGGUGUGUUUUCUGGAGGACUGGACAGCCCAAGACCCACUGGGAGUACUCUGUCCAGUGUGACAUGUCACUCAGCUAGCGUGUCAUAACCCAGGUCACCUUACUGAAUGGUAGUGUUGGCCCAGGCGCUCCUAUAGGAGCUCCUCAGCGAGCUCCUACAGCUGGAUCUGUGUCAUCUCUCUGCCUUUGAUGUGCAUCCUUGGCAUGGAGUGGCCCAAACCUGGAGAGGACUCUCUGCUUGGGGACUCCACCUUGGCCACAGGGUCGGGGCUGAAUCUCCUGAAGUUUGGCACCGAGUUAACCAUAGAAUCAAGAUCUUACCCUGAGGAAGUGCUGGGAUUUUCCCGAACCUGCCUAAGUAGAACAUACUCUAAUUAAGCUAAGCAAACACAGUUUGGUUUUGGGGAGAAAUCGUUUCAUCAAAAUGUGACACCUUUAUAUUGUUUUUAAAUAAAAAUAUAGGAGAGAGAAAAAUGAAGCUGGCCUUCCCAGGUAGAGCAGUGGCCUGUGUUGACCUGACGCUUUAUGAAGUUUUGGGAUGUCAUAUUGAAGCACUUUAACACUAGUUUUUGAGCAGAAGCUCUAGAAGCUGGUUUGGAACUGCACAGUCAUGUAGAACUUGAUAAAAACCAUGAAAGAUGCUGUAAACUUGGAAAUGUUACCAGCAACCCUUUGAGCCUUUGGGACAUCCUAAGGAAUUUGAAUCAUAUAUCCCAUUCAAAUGAACGGAAAAAGCUAAUCUCAUUGAAAUUCUCUUCAUUCAAAUCAUUCUGCCUGGCAUUUAUUGAGCGUCCAAGGAUGUGUGUUAACAGUGGGGACUUUAUGGUGAUCUAAGAGUUGCACAGAUUUCUGCACAGGGAGCCAGGUUUCAAAUUAUGUCAUCUUGGUAUAAGCUCUGUUUUCUGAAUGUAAAGCUAUUUUCAUUGUCAUUUCUAAAAAUCCGGUAGGUUUCUAGAUAUUGUAAAAAUGUUGAAUACAGAUAUAAUUGUGUAAAUUUCAUACUGUUUUAUUUUGAGGUGAGAGUUUUGUUACAGUUUAUAAAAGACAUUUUCCUAUUUAGACCUCAGGGCUAUUUUGGGACCUCCAAAUAAAGGUGACCCCCAGCAGCAUCAAUUCUUGAUAUGCAAAAGGUUAAUCUUUAAGUUAAAUAUGAUAAAUUAUUCAGCAGAAACAAUGUGUCUUUCCCUUUUAAGUUCUGACAAAUUCUGUAAUGUUUAAAAAGUAUAGAAAAAAAGGUGUGGUAAUGUAAAAAUGUGGGGAAAUUGUGGCUAAAUAAUUAAAAAUCACUCAUGAAAUAAACAUUCUUAUGGUACAAUA